AUGGUAUCCACUUUGCCCAGUAAUGAUGUGGCUCGAUUAUUUACUCCAGCAUAUUUAAAAAGUGCUACUGCCAAUGAUGCCAUUAAAAGGUUUCAAUCUCCAGGAAUUUGGCUAAUUAAUAUGGAUAUAUGGGAAGAUAAGGAUUAUGCACCAUCCUCUACAACAAUGAUGAAACCUAACACCGCAAAUACAAAAGCAGCAUUUCAUGAAACAACUAAUCGAGAUGUGUUAACUGCAACGGUAGACCAUGGCGCGGUGCCUACGACGUCAGGGUUUCAAUGUUCAUUUGGACCAAAUAAAGCUUCGGAAAUUUACGAUCAUGAUUUUAGUGACGAAGAGGUCGAACCUGCUGGACCUAUUUGUGUAACAGUUCAAAUUCAUACCUCAACAAUGAGAGAAACGAAUGAUUCGGCGUUGGAGUCUGUCUUUUGUCCUGGAAUUAGCGAGCCUGGAGGAGUAUCGCCAACAAUAAUUCCAGAAGUAAAUCAAGAAGAUCCAUUUAAAAUCUCUAAAAGCCCUGCUAGAUAUUUUACUUCUGACAUUCAGCACACCUCUGGAUCAAAAGAUGACUUAUUGAUCUCCGAAGAAAUCUAUGAUCAAACUAGGUCAAGAUCAUGCACACCUAAUGUUACUGAUGACCACGUCAUUCCAGCAGCUAAUAAAGCAGAGAUCAGUGCUACAGAUUUAAUGAGUACUUCGACUUUACUUUCAAAUAAAAAACCUGCAAUAUAUCAGACUUCACCUGCCGCUUAUUUGAGUCCAAGAGAAAUAAGACCACUUCCAAGUCCUUUCGUUCCCAUGGGAACACGAAAAAGAUAUAUUCAAAGGUCUGAGGUGCUUACUAGCACACCGGUUAAGGGAGAACAGAAAAUUAAAUUUGUUAAAGCAAAUACCAAAGCAUUAAAAAAUAUGAACAAAAAUUUAAAAAGAAAGACUAGACCGAAGAAAAAGACCAACAUAACCAAAAAUAUUGAAGCGAGAAACACUAAACUUAAGAAAUUUAAACUAAAGAAAAUGACGAAAACUGCACGUGCUAUUUUUGUGGGGAAAAUUAUGUUGAAGUUAAUGGGCAGCCAGUUGAUGAUUGGAUCCAAUGCAGUUCCUGCAAGAAAUGGAGCCACGAGAAAUGCACAGCAUAUGAGGGAAAGGGCAUUUUUCUUUGUGAUAACUGUACUGAUAAGUGAUUAG